AAUAAGGACGACCUUUCAAAUAUAUACCUUCAAUUCCACACGACUUAAACGAUCAAAGAACAUUUCUUCGUAAAAAAAUCAAAUUAAGUUAAAAUCAAAAUGAAAUUCAAGCUUUUCUACCUUUUCUUUAUUUUGGCUAUUUUUGCUGCUAUUACUUUAGCAUUUGACGAUCAUUUGGUAAAACGUCAAGGGAAUGAUGAAAAAGAUGUUGAAGCCAAAGCUUUGCCUGCUAUUCUUCUCGCUCUUGCUAGGAAAUUUGGCGCCUCUCUUGUUGCAAAGUGUCGUACCAACUCUUGUCGUGGUAGAUGUCCUGAUCAACUUUGCAAAGUUCCUAAUCUGUCUUGUUGUAACCUGGCAUGUGAAAUCGGAAUUGGUGCUCGCAUUCCUCGUGUCGGCGGUCGGUGUUAAAUAAUGGAAAAACUUUAGAAAAUUCACAUAUUUAAUUAUAUACUUUAUAUUAGAAGGUUAACGAUUCAAAUUAAAUAUGAUUUUCUUUUUUCUAUUUCCUUCUUAAUCUCAAUAAUAUAGUUUGUUUCUAGUAAAGUUUAUUAGUGUUAUUUUUGUAUCCCUAGACUAUUUAUUUACAUGAUAUAAAUCAUACUAAUAAAUAAU